AUGAAGUCCGCAUUUUGCUUCUUGCCCUGCCCUUUGGCCCCAGAAGACAAGACAGUAAUGCUUAGGAUGGAGAAAUCAAUAUUUGUGAUCAAUGUAGAUUGUUUCUGUACAAUCAAAGUCAUUGAUGAAUCCCGUCCAAGCCCUGGUAUUUCUGUUAAUAUUUUUGCAGAAAAUAUGGAGAAGCUCCCUCAUGUUGAUUCCACUGGAGAUAUAAUUCAGCUCGCUUAUGUUGUGGUAUAUUAA